AUUGCGUGACGCGGAGAGCCGCGGGGUUGCGGAGGAGCGGGCAGAGGGAGGUCGUGCGCUCGCAGUUCGGCUGGCCCGGAAGGGAGCCCGCGGAGGUGGUGGCCGGAGCUGAGCAUUUCAGAUCUGCUUAGUAAACCGGUAUAUCACCUACCAUGCUGGCUGCAAGGCUUGUGUGUCUCCGGACACUACCUUCCAGGGUUCUCCAGCCCACUUUCAUCACCAAGGCCCCUCCACUUGUGAAGAAUUCCAUCACCAAGAACCAAUGGCUCUUAACACCCAGCAGGGAAUAUGCUACCAAGACAAGAAUUAGGACCUACCGUGGGAAAACUGGCCAAGAACUGAAAGAUGCAGCUUUGGAACCAUCAAUGGAAAAAAUCUUUAAAAUUGAUCAGAUGGGAAGGUGGUUUGUUGCUGGAGGAGCAGCUGUUGGUCUUGGAGCGCUGUGCUACUAUGGCUUGGGAAUGUCUAAUGAGAUUGGAGCUAUCGAAAAGGCUGUAAUUUGGCCUCAGUAUGUGAAGGAUAGAAUUCAUUCUACUUACAUGUACUUAGCAGGGAGUAUUGGUUUAACAGCUUUGUCUGCCUUGGCAGUAGCCAGAACACCUGCUCUCAUGAACUUCAUGAUGAGAGGCUCUUGGGUGACAAUUGGUGCAACCUUUGCAGCCAUGAUUGGAGCUGGUUUGCUGGUACAUUCCAUACCGUAUGAAGAGAACCCAGGCCCAAAGCAUCUGGCUUGGAUGCUGCAUUCUGGUGUGAUGGGUGCAGUGGUGGCUCCUCUGACAAUCUUAGGGGGGCCUCUUCUUCUGAGAGCUGCAUGGUACACCGCUGGAAUUGUGGGAGGCCUCUCUACUGUGGCCAUGUGUGCACCCAGUGAGAAGUUCCUGAACAUGGGAGCACCCCUGGGAGUGGGCCUGGGUCUUGUUUUUGUGUCUUCACUGGGGUCUAUGUUUCUUCCCCCUACCUCGGUAGCUGGUGCCACUCUGUACUCAGUGGCAAUGUAUGGUGGAUUAGUUCUUUUCAGCAUGUUCCUUCUGUAUGAUACACAGAAAAUAAUCAAGCGUGCAGAAGUAACACCAAUGUAUGGAGUUCAUAAGUAUGAUCCCAUCAAUUCGAUGUUGAGCAUCUACAUGGAUACAUUAAAUAUAUUUAUGCGAGUUGCAACUAUGCUAGCAACUGGAAGCAACAGAAAGAAAUGAAGUGACCACUUGUGGUGUCUCUGCUCACUGAUGUCUUGCUUGUUUAAUAGAAGCAGAUAGUCAUUACCAUUUACAUCAUCAGAACUCCUUGAGGUUUAGGCGAUAACCUGUCACUGUGUUUAAAAUGUUCAGUAAUGUGACCCUUCAGGCCUGCUUUUUCUUUUAGAGAAUAAACUCAGUACAUGUCUUUCAGAUACGCACAUACAUUUUCAUCUGCCAUGCUUGAGUAAGUUAAAAUGCUUUAAUAAAUGUGUGAACUGA